AUGUCUCGAAGUGUUGACGAUUUGGGUCUUCAACAACCUUCCAUACCAACAGGAGGAUCGGAUGGUGUUGAUGGUUUGAUAGAUAUAUACAAUAGCUCUACCGUUGAAGUGAAAAAUUUAUUGGCAAACGAAUGUAAUAUUCUUUUCGAAUGUCGUUCCUGCGGCAAUAUCUUUCGGAGUAGUUUGAACUAUUUGACGCACAAACGUGUUUACUGCCGUACAUUACAUUCGACUAUUGCAUCAGCAUUCAGUGCUGUGGCUCUAGAUUUUGCCGAAAAAGCACUUUCAGAACUUCGAAACGGCGAUAAUGGUAAAAAGGAAGGAGUACCACCACAGCAACAAAACAAAGGAGAGGCCGGGACAUCCUCCUGUGCAAAAUCUGAUUCACAGCCACCGAAACGUGCAAAAGGCAUUCUUAAGCGAACAAAUCUUAUCAACGUUAUCAACAAACGCACGAAGCAUUAUGCAUUAUCAUUACCGAACUCGGAACACAAAUUGGAAUUACAUACGCUACCCCGUAUCUCACGUGAUGUGGCAACGACAACAUUCGUAGAAGGGCAACAGAUCAUGGAAUCAAUUCCACAUGCGUUGGUAACCGUAGAUACAAUACCACCAGAUCGCGUUCCAGUUCUUAUUCCACAAGACAAUUCAAGUCGCUAUCGAGAAAUGAAUCUACGCAAUCGCAAGGGUGAUAGCUCAAAAAAUGGUGUCGCUCGAAAAGUUGGAUCGGAAGAACUUAAAAUUUUGGAACGAAUGGGCAAAUAUCAAACAAUGAUGGUUGAUCUGAGCUUACUUACUUGCUCACACAGUGACUGCAAGGAAAAGCAACCAUUUUCAUCACUGUUCACGUUUGCUUAUCAUCUUACAGUGAAGCAUAACCGCCGUGCUACAUCAAACAAGCGAAUCCCAUGUUAUCUGUGCGAUUUUGAAUCUCAGACAUACACUGCAUUGAUUGAACAUUUAAAAAGUUUGCACGAGCAGUAUUAUCAGGAACAUGUUACGGCACGUUCAACAUCCGAAGAGCUUAAACGAGGCAGGAAGGGAAAACAAGUAAAGACUGCACAAAUGCGAGGGCGAAGCUUGAGUCCAUUAUCCGAUGAUUUUCUUGAGACAGAAGAAUCAUCUGAUGGAUCAGAAGAGAUUGGAUAUGACUCGGCUCCUGUGCUGGAAUUAAUGGCAAAUGUGGAAGCUGAAAAUAUUGAAUUGGCGGUGAAGGAUCGUAUGGAUUACAUUAUUGCAGUUGUAUGUGGUGAC